UCAACAGUUCAGCCUAUGUACCAAGAAAACUGUGAAACUGAGUAGAUCGAGGAUUAGCCUCACAGGAGACAAUUACAGCGACCAAGAAGAGCUAAAAAUUACAACAUGGAAGCCCAAAAGAUUUGGCAUGUUUUUGCUGAGUUGGCCUGUAUAAUUGUCCUCUACCUUCCUUCUACAUGCUCUGGAGUCGACAGAAUAUGCCUAGACCUGGGCAGCACAGUCUUUAUGGCUCUCAGAGGCAAAAGGCUCAUCAUCGAAGCUGAACUGCAAAUCCCAGUAAACCAGAGUGAGGGCAUUUUGGUGUGCUCAGAUCCUUUUCCUUCAAACCGCCAGAUUUACAGCUGUCCUGUUCCUGGCACAACUGACCAGCCGCGCAGCCUCAAGCUGAGUUUGGAGAUGACAGGCCUGACCAGAUCUGGAGAAUACAAGUGCUGUUAUAACACAUGCGUGGUGUACUGGUUUCUUAGAGUAAGAGAUGAGGGCUACAGUGAACCCAUCUUGUGGAAUCCUACCGAGCUAAUAGUGGCCAUCUUCACCAGUUUGCUGCUGGUUUUCAGUGUGGUUGGCUCUGUGUAUGUCUUCAGAGGAAAUUGGAAAGAACACAUCACUGAUCAUGGCAAAGGCAGCAACAAUCAGAAGCAGACUAAAGAAGACGGGACAGCAAAAACGGAGCGAGAAGAAAGCCUAAAUGUGGUCACAGAUCCAUCUACUUCUUUCUAUGCUAGUCUAGAGCAUCGACCCAGGUCUAUUUAUGAUGUCCUGGACCAUUCAGCUGCUAAAGGAAAGCCGGACAAAAGCAAAGCAAAAGCCAAGAAAAAGGAACUCCAGCAAACGAAGGCCCAGACCGCACAAAACCAGCAUGAAGGCGUAUUUGAAUCUGUCUAUGAAAAUUUUUAAACCAUGGAUGAGCUUUUUCAACAUAUCAUGAUAUUUAUAUUGCGAUUUUUGCCAUUUACUUUGCUGUGAAUCUUAACUGCAAUGAAUAACAAAUGAGACAGCAUGAAUAUAAUGUACAUGUAGAGCUGUAAAGUAGAAUUACAUAUGUAUAUUUACAAAAUGUGACAAAAGAAAUAAAGUAUAAUGCCCUCAAAUUUA